ACGAGAGGGCGCGGACUACUGGGCGUCUGCGUCAUUCAUCGAAACGUUCAUUGACCCCAUUACGAAUUCGUUUCCUUGCAGAUUUCGACAUUUACAAUGACAAGAAUAUUGUUUCUCCUGGCGUGUAUAGCAGUUGUCGCAUGGUGCCACUGCCCUCAUGGACAAACGAAGAUCCAUGGAUGCAACCUUGAGGAUGGGAAGUGCCGUUGCUCCCAUGGCUGUGAUGCAGAGUUUCGUUUUGCGAACAAGGACGAAUGUAAAAACAUGAGGGAAGACGCUAUCGAGAAUCCGUGUAACACUGAGCGGUGCAAGAAUGACGGCUUCUGUGUGCAGUCGUCGCAGGUGAAACAUGGGUACAAGUGCGACUGCAGCGGGACUGGUUUCUACGGACGGCACUGCGAGCAAUCUUGCAAUUCGGCUACUUUUCAUGAUGAUGAAGAAAAUGGGAGUGCCUGUAUCCAAUUCUGAUCAGGACGUGAGAUGAAAAGACCCACAAAUGCAACUUGCUAGGAUUGUAAGAUUGUACUAGGGUUGUUAAAUCAAAGUUAGUGACUUUGGGCCAUACCUGUUCAUAUAUAUUAUAUACAUUUCAUGAUAUACAGUAACCUUUAAAGUGAUCGUAUUUUCAAUUCAAUUUUUAAUAAUUCAGGUAGAUGAUAGGUGUAUAAAGCUAUAUUGAUCGUUUUAAUUUCAAAUGAUGUUACUUGAUUGAAGGACAUUAUGGAACAAUAAUUGUUACUAAAUUCCCAACAUUUGCUGGAUAUUCCUCGGAUCACUAUGCAUUCUCUGUCACAAAAAAACCACAUGUAGGCAUGCUGACAGCUAAUUUAGUAUUAUAUUAGGACUUUGUUAGUAUUUUUUACGUACAUAUAAGCAUUGUAUUUGUAUGUGUUUGAAUCUCAGUAGUACCGUCCAAUACGUGAUAACCGGCUUGCAUUUCAUUUUACUAUUAGGUACAAUAUUUAUAAUAUUGAGUAUAAUAUUAUGUAGUUUUUAACCAGUAGAUGGCGCUCCCAAUCAUACAGGGCUCAGCAUAAUGAGUUUAAUCUCGUAAAACUAUCCCAACUAAUCCCUCAGGUGAAACCCCUAAGGAUCGGUCGGCUGGUUUUCCAAACGUAGCAUGCUGUGUGUAGGCGGUGCGUGACAAUUACUUCUGGUCUUAGUUUACUCUCAUCGAAUUUUAUAGUCUACCUUGUAGCAAAUGAUGCACGUUUAUAAUUGUAUAUUGCAUCUAUCUAUGCAGUUCAUGUGAAGCAGACUAGCCUUUCCAGAUGUGCAACGUGGUUGUGAUUUAUCUAUAGCAGGGUUUGAGGUGUGUGUUAGUAAAGGUCCCUCCCUGUGUUACUUUCUCAUCCCCUUGUGAUCCCUAGUGACGCAUAGUGCAAUUGAAAGUGAAAGGCAAUAACACUGUCAACAUGAAAAUAGCAGAAGUAUUUCUGUUUGGGUUUUAAUUUAAUUACUUUAGCAAAUGUAUGUGAAACGCCACACACCACCACUCGCACAACCUUGAGUUGAAAUCCACUAUUACCUGAUUUUCAAGAUCGGUGAGGUAACAUUUGGGACGGAUGUGAUUAGAUUAAUGAUGGUUGUAGCGUGAUCAUGCAAAUUGUAAUUUUAAGAGGUAGUAAGUCGUUCAAGUCGAUGCCAAAGAAACUAACAAACCAAAAGAACUGUCUUCCUUGGAUCACAUUGAUUGUUUAGGCUUCCAAAUAGUUUUUACCUAUCUAUUGUGAUAAGAACGAACGAGAUUAUAUCUGUUAUUGUUUAGCACUGAGACUUUACUACUACGAUCAGUGCUAGAAUAGCAUGCGCUAAUUAUUUGGUGCAGUUAUAAGGCCGGCUACAUUAAUUUAAGUUUAUACUGAAAUUUGUAUGCGAAACUAGAUGUUAUUGUAGAUGUGUUUGAUAGAUUUUAAAAUAAUACAGUUGGUGCUAUUAAAACUUUUUA